CCUCCCUCUUUCCUUCCAGAGUCUUGGCCAUCCAACUCACACUCAUCACGCACAAACCAACAUGGCACUAGUUAGAGAACGCCGGCAGCUCAGCCUCCGCCUCCCCUUACCAGAUUCUGCCGACCGCCGCCCUCGCUUCCCCCUCCCCCUCCCUCCCUCCUCCCUCUCCGCCCCCACCACCACCGCCAGCACUCAAGAUAUCGACCGCCUCUCCGACCUCGAGAAGCUCCGGGUACUCGGCCACGGCAACGGCGGCACAGUCUACAAAGUCCGCCACAAGCGCACCUCCGCCAUCUACGCCCUCAAGGUCGUCCAGGGCGACUGCGACACCACCGUCCGCCGCCAGAUCUUCCGCGAAAUGGAAAUUCUCCGACGUACGGAUUCUCCCUACGUCGUCCGAUGCCACGGAGUCUUCGAGAAGCCAACCGGCGACAUCGCCUUCCUCAUGGAGUAUAUGGACGCCGGCACCCUCGAGAACGUCCUCAAAUCAAGGGGAACCUUCAGCGAAUCCUCGCUUUCAAGCAUCGCUCGUCAAGUACUCAAUGGUCUUAAUUACCUGCACACACAGAAGAUCGUACACCGUGACAUCAAGCCGUCGAAUCUGCUUGUGAACAAGAAGAUGGAGGUCAAGAUCGCUGACUUCGGAGUUAGCAAGAUCAUGUGCCGCACCCUUGACCCCUGCGUUUCCUACGUCGGUACAUGUGCUUACAUGAGUCCAGAACGAUUCGAUCCAGACACGUAUGGCGCCAACUACAACGGAUACGCCGCUGACAUAUGGAGCUUGGGGUUGACACUGGUGGAGCUCUAUGUGGGUCACUUUCCGUUUCUGCCCCCAGGUCAGAGGCCCGACUGGGCGACCCUAAUGUGCGCCAUAUGCUUUGGGGAGCCACCGAGCUUGCCGGAUUCUGCGUCGGAGGAUUUCAAGAGCUUUAUCCGGUGUUGCUUGCAGAAGGAAUCCAGCAAGAGAUGGACGGUGUCGCAGCUCUUGUCUCACCCUUUUGUUACUAAAGAUUGGAAAUGAACGGUGAUUUCAGGGAUGAAGCGAUCAGAUCCGCCGGUGUUUUCCUUUUCCGGUGCCGGAUUCUGACAACGAGAGCCUUGUACAUAAGACGAGUAGACGACGAGCUCCUUUUAUUUCUUAAUAUUUAAUACAAAAAUCUUUUUCUACCCCAAAAUAUGAUCUGGUGGGCCUUAAUGUGUGCAACUGAUAUAGUCCAACACCGUAAUUUCAUUCAUUAUUCCAAUCACGAGGCAGAAUUUGAGGGUAUUCUGAUAAAAUCGAUAAUUACGUAACAGAUGAAAGAGUAAAGACUUACUGUUUUGAACUCUCUUUAAUGACCUACUUUGUACUUACUCCAAAGAUUCUAUUUUGCGGUUCCCUGUUGGUGGUCAUUCAAUGCCUGCGAUGGCGGCCGCCUGCCGCUGCAGUAGAUUUGAUAAAUUGAAGUUUGACGUCCUUCUUGAGUUUUAUUGAGUCAA